AUGGUAUUCUGGUGUUGUGGAUCCAGUCAGAAAGCCCUCAGGAGGCAACAGAUCGAAGAAAAAGCGGCGAACAUAGAGCGACAGCCAUCAUGGAAUGCACCUGAUAACUCGCUCAUCUUUCAAACUUUUGAAUGGCAUGUCCCUGCCGACCGGUCGCAUUGGCGCCGGCUACGAGAUGCGCUACCUGGCUACAAAGCCCUUGGUGUUGAUCAAAUUUGGAUCCCGCCCGGGUGCAAAGGCAUGGAUGCUCAUGGCAAUGGCUAUGAUAUUUAUGAUUUGUACGAUUUGGGUGAAUUUGAUCAAAAGGGGGCGGUCCCUACCAAAUGGGGCACCAAGCAGGAACUUGAAGAUCUGGUGCUUCAAGCAGAGAUUUUGGAGAUUUGUGUGAUUUGGGACGCAGUGUUGAAUCACAAAGCCGGUGCAGAUUAUCCAGAGCCCUUUAAGGCUGUCAAAGUCGAUCCCAAGAGGAGAGAUUUGGAAAUAUCCAAGCCAGUCGAAGUCAGUGGCUGGACAGGCUUUGAAUAUUCUGGGCGUGGUGACAAGUACAGCUCGAUGAAGUAUCACUGGCAGCAUUUCAGCGGAAUCGACUGGGAUGACAAGAGCAAGGAAAACGCAAUCUACAAGAUCGUGGCACCAAACAAAGAUUGGGCACAAGAUGUAUCCACAGAGAACGGGAACUAUGAUUAUCUGAUGUUCGCCGAUCUGGACCUGACACACCCGGAAGUCCGCGCUGAUCUUCUGCAAUGGGGAACUUGGGUCACGAAGUCAUUGAGCCUCAAUGGCAUGCGACUUGAUGCCGCCAAACACUUCUCCACCGAGUUUCAGAUGGCUUUCGUGCAGCAUGUCAGAAAAACAGCCAAUCCGGACUUCUUUGCUAUUGGAGAAUACUGGACUGGACACCUGCCGUCUCUGCUCGGAUAUCUUGAGAAGGUGGAAUAUAACCUCACUGCAUACGAUGUCCCCCUGGUCGAGAACUUUUCCAAGAUAUCGCACGCGAAGGGAUCAGACCUCCGUCGCGUCUUGAAAGAUACAUUGGUCGACUGCCGGCCGGACCACGCUGUGACAAUUGUGUCGAACCACGAUACGCAAGCAGGACAAAUGCUCGAAACCCCGGUUGCCCCAUCUUUCAAGCUGCUCGCAUACGCCCUGAUCCUCCUCCGCAAAGGGGGCCACCCAUGCGUGUUCUACGGGGACCUGUAUGGAAUACGAGCCAAUGUGGAGAACCCAAUGACACCGAGUUGCGACGGACUCCUACCCAUCCUAAUGCAAGCUCGCAAACUCUACGCGAACGGUGAAGAGCAAGAUUACUUCGACCAACCAAACUGCAUAGGAUUCGUUCGUUACGGAAACGCCCGUCACUUGUCUGGUUUGGCCUGUGUUAUCAGUAAUUCUGGUUCGGCUGUGCAAAGGAUGUAUGUAGGUGAACGCCACGCUUACGAGGAGUGGAUCGAUCUAUUGCAUCCGGAUAUGAAGCCUGUUGUUAUCAACAGAAAGGGAUACGGGAGGUUCGCAGUGAAUGCGAUGAGUGCUAGCGUCUGGGUUGAGUCCGCUGCUGCGAACCGGGAUUCGAUUAUAAGGGAUUUCGACGUUAAUAUUUACAAGACUUAA